AUGGCGGCGGUAGCAGCUGCCGGUGUCCCUGCUCCUACUGCCGGUGGUGUGGCUGCAGCAGAGGAAUACCUGGUAGGGUAUUUGAACAGCACACUACACAUUCACAUCACAGACGGCCGAAUGUUUGUCGGACAGCUGAAGUGCACCGACAACGAGCGCAAUAUCAUCCUGGCCAUGACGAACGAGUAUCGUCAGCCUAGCAAGCAGGAUGUUGACUUGGCGGCGCUGAGACAUGAGGAAAGAGGCGCAAGUGGGAACGUGAAGGUGGAUAUGAAGAAGAGGUUUGUUGGGUUGAUUGUGAUACCGGGGAGGUAUAUUACUCGGAUGGAAGUCGAAGGAUGA